GUCACAGCCCUGCAUCUUUUCAAGAGAACGAUGACACGUCUUUGAAAAGUUGGUCCCUUUCGAUCUGCAAGAUUGUCGUCUGCAUUUUUGCCUGCACGAAAGUUCAUCUCUUCAAUCAUUUUUUGUGGCUGUCUUAAGACUGCCACUCACUUCCUCAGCACAUGAAGGCUGCGGGCGCGAGGGGUGACAACAGCGUUGCUCUACUCCACCUAACCGUGGCUUUACGGUCUGACAAACCAUCUGGACUGAAGGGGUUUUAAAUAAGUGUCGGUUUGGUGAUACAAAUUCUCUGAGCGGCAGGCAAGCGGAGGGGCAAGAUACAACGUGUUUGGAAGUGUCAAAAAAAGACGAAUCAGAUCAGAGGAAGAAGGAAGUAGAAAGCUGACUGUAAAGAAUGAACUCUUAAGAAUACACAAUUUGUUGUGGGUGCCCUUGAAAGAGAGAAUGUGUGCGAGUGUGUCCGCGCGUGUUUGAUUUCUUCAUUUUAUAAAGAAAUGUCUUUAAGACUACCUCGAAACUGGGACUUCAGCACCCUCAGAGCUGAAACUGCCAGGAUAGCUCGAUCCAAGAGUGUUAUGCCAGGGGAAGGAAGCCCUGGAUCCACUCACACUGGUUUUAGGAAAUCAAUGGAGAAACCUCUAAAGACGGGCUGGCUGAAGAAGCAGAGAUCGUUCGUCAAGAACUGGCAGCUGCGCUUCUUUGUCUUGAGAGGAAACGUCCUCACUUACCACAAAGAUGACAAAGAGAGUGCUCUUCAGGGUACCAUCCCUUUGUUCUCGUGCCAAGUAAAUGAGCUGCCGUCGAAUGCAGAUGAUAAAUUCCUGUUUGAGAUCGUGCCAGUUGUCUCUGGUGCUGCAGGUGGCAGUACAGAUCGGGAGCGGGAUGUCUAUGUUCUCAUGGCGACCAGUCAAAGUGAGAUGGAGGAGUGGGUGCGCUCCAUUCGCAAGGCCAUUGCAUCACGAUCUAGUGAAGUAUUUGGAAAGAGUCUCCCAGACAUCAUGGAGUACGAGAAGAAAUUCGGACCACACCUGGUGCCCAUCUUGGUUGAGAAGUGUGCAGAAUUUAUCCGAGUGCAUGGUCUGCAUGAGGAGGGCAUCUUUCGCUUACCGGGUCAGGACAACCAGGUGAAGCAGUUCAGAGAAGCCUUUGAUGCCGGAGAGAGACCGUCAUUCCCCAGUGACACAGAUGUCCACACGGUGGCGUCCUUACUCAAGCUAUAUCUCAGAGAGCUUCCCGAGCCUGUCGUGCCCUGGACUCAGUAUCAGGAUUUCCUGGACAGCACAUUGAUGCUGGAUGCAGCAACUGCAGCAGGCAAAGAGAAACUGGAGAAACAGAUCAGUCUUCUGCCGAAAGUGAACUACAACCUGUUGAGUUAUAUCUGCAGAUUUCUUUUUGAGGUCCAGAGGAAUUCAAAGGUGAAUAAAAUGAGUGUGGAGAAUCUGGCCACAGUGAUGGGAGUGAACCUAUUCAAACCUCAGGUGGAGGACGCUUUCAGUAUGAUGAAGGGAACUCCCAUGAUACAGAAGGUUAUGACGGUGAUGAUCAGACACCACGAGCUGCUCUUUCCACCAUCUAAAGACAAGCUGCCAUCUCCACUUCCCAGCAAAAAACACAAGAGCAAGAAGACCAGUAACCCUCGCAGUUUUGUGGGCUGGGAGUCUGCUGAGUGUGAGGUAUCGUCUCUCUCCGAGUCUCCUGAGGAGGAAGAAGCAGACACACCCGAGGAUGAAAGCAGAGACACGUGCCCAUCAGAAGUCAGGUCAGACGAUGCACCUCCUUCUCCUUCUGCAUAUUCCCCCAUCACCGACACAUGGACCAGCAGCCCCAGAAAGCGGACGCAAACUCUACCCAGCUUGGGCUGUCCCCCCACUGUAAAAACAGGCCGUGAACAGGGUUGGGAUCGCUGGAGCAGGUUUCAGGAGAGCUUUAAUGAGAGCGAUGAAAAGACGCUCUCAGAGGACAUUUUUAAAAUCCUUGACCUCCAGAAAGUGACGCUCUUUUCUGGUGGGCAGAAAAACGAAAACGAUAAAGCGGAAUUAGAUAAGGAGCGAGAGAACACAGGUACUGAUGGUGUGGGCAAACAGACAGAUGCUCCAAAAGCACAGGUUCAGAGCACAGGCCCCUUGCCCAAGUCACAGAUGAGCAAAGAGGCGAGCGUGCCAAAUUUGGGAAGAGAGAAGCCAGACGGUGGAAAUGCUCUGCAGCAGAGCAAUGCGGGGGAAGCGGAAAACACAGCACACAUCAUCAAAAGUCUCCAAGAGAAGAACAGAGAGCUGGUCGCUACAGUGGCAGAGCUGCAGGCAGCUUUAGAGGCAGAGCGACGCAGCAAAGCUGCAUUAGAAAGUUUACUGCGGAAAGCCGAGCGCAGCAGGGAUGAAGCUCUCACACGCAAUGAGCAGCUGAACAUUCAGGGGUUCCUUAACAGGCCCACAACUGGACCAUCAUAGUGCCAACAUCAAGAAAGCGCCGGUCCUUAUCCUAACUUCUCACGAAUCUUAAUGGACACCUUGAUCCUAUGAACUGCACUGAAUAACAUCUAUAAUGUACAUCUCAUAGUUCUGCCUAUGAUGUGACAACAGUUGAAUGGAUACGGUACGGUAUGUGACACAUACAGAAAUUACAGAUUUGCUCUAGUUAUUCAGUUUCACAUUCAGACUGAUCUGUAAUAAAAAACUUGAACUUUGAAUGUUGCAGUAUUAGCCUGAGUAUGUAAGAGGUUUAUAAAUAGUAUUUAAUUACCGCCUGUCAAUUUUUUAAGGUAUUGAUUGGUGGAUCUCUAAAAAUAACUAUCAACAAAUAACCAGCAAAACUGUCUCUACAUGUCCACUGGUGCUUAAGAUCGCUUAAAACCCAUGAUUUACUCACCCCCAAGCUGUCCGAGCUGCAUAUGUCCAUCGUUUUUCAGACAAACACAUUUUCAGAUAUUUUAGAAAAUGUUUUAGAUCUUUCAGUUAAUUAAAUGUGAAGUUACAGGGUCCACAACCUUCAAGUCCAAAAAAUGUGCAUCCAUCCUUCACAAAAUAAAUCCAAACGGCCUUCUGAGGGUAAUCCGUGUGGUGUUGUUGUAGAAAUAUCCAUAUUUAAAACUUUAUAAACGAAAAUAACUACCUUCCGGUAGCGCCGCCAUCUUAGACUCCUCUGUAUUCAGGAGAGAGUAUUAGCGUAGUGUACGCACUUUUCUUAGUGAUGUAUGACAAAUUCGGAGGGCGGGGGCACAGAGCAACAGCAGAGUAACCUCCGUACGCUGAGUAAAGCUCUGAUCUUGAAUGCGGACGUGACUAAGAUGGCGGAUUUACCGGAUGCGAGUUAUUUUCGUUUAUAAAGUUUUAAAUGUGGAUAUUUCUACAACGAAACUGCAUGAAUUACCAUCAUAAGGCCUUUGUUUAUCAUCCUGGAGCCGUUUGGAUUUAUUUUGUGAAGGAUGGAUGCACAUUUUUUGGACUUGAAGGUCGUGGACCCCAUAACUUCACAUUUAAUUAACUGAAAGAUCUAAAACAUUUUCUAAAAUAACUGAAAAUGUCAUCGUCUGAAAAAUGAUGGACAUAUGCAUCUCGGACGGCUUCGGGGUGAGUAAAUCAUGCGUUUAAUAUCAUUUUUGGCCGAACUAUCCCUUUAAGACGCUGUAAUUGCAAUCUUUUGGGGAGUGUCUGUAAAAUAUACGAAGAGCUCAGAUGCAAAACCCUCUAAGUGCGUCUGACAUGUUUUCUUGUAAAUUAGCAUUUUUAUCAGGCUCUUUUGUUUAGGUUAUGUUAUUUCACUUUAAUGGCAAGGUUGUUAGUCAGUAAUUGAAAUGCCUUAUUUUCACAAAUAGUCAUUUCAUUGGUUUUUAACAAAUUUGAUUGUCUUUUGCGGCAAAACCCUCUAAAUGCAUGCAUGCAAAAAGUCUCCAUUCACUCUUCACUGUCCUUUUUUAAUUAAAUUUUAUGAAGUAAAAGUUUCAAAAAUUUGGUCAAUAUCCUAAUUUAUUCGGUAAACCUUCUUUUGCAACUGGACAGCUGAAGUCCAAAGUUUGUGUGCUGUUGUUUAUCCAUUUCUUCUUUUGUGCACUUAGGCUGCAGUCACACCAAAAGCGUUUAUGGCAGUUGCAGGCGCCUUUUUUGAAUGAUAUUCUAUGGGCAGGGCGCGUUUGCGCGCUGUUUAUGCGCGCCGAGUGUCUUGCGGUUUUUUGCCGCCUGCCGUGCACGCGUUUUUGAAGGAGCGCUGAGAUCGGAGAAGCGCCUGACGUCAUUCGCGUCUUCCAUUGUCCAAUCGAAUCAGGGGAGAGGCGAGCCUUACGUUGUAGUGAGGGAAGUUUACAGUUGCUUUGAAGAACCGGACUCCACUCGCUCACUCUCUCCUUCGUGUUUGUGCACCUCUCAUCCUCAAACAAGGUCAGAGCAAGCGGCCUCUUUUUAAAGUUUCUGCUAAUAUGACAGUUAACAGCAAAAGAGCGCUCACGCUUCAAUAUUUGAUUGACAAGACAGCUGACUCGGUGGUUGCUUAGCAAUAUGAAAAGCCACGUCGCACUGCUCUUUUUUAAAAAAGGCAGUGCGUCGCGCCUUGCGUUUGCAAGCGUUUAAAGCGCUUUUGGUGUGACUGGCCCCUUAGAGGACUUUGCUGAAAAAUGCAGCAUGGUGUUUAACGGAUUCUGCCAACAAACCGGUAUUGCUGAAUGGCCUGGGGCCAGGUUUAAGUGAAUUUAAAGCGAAAGUAUUUGAUGAAUGUAUUAUACAUGCCAAGAGCAUUCGUUCAAUAUCAUUAUCUCGUUUUUGACAGAGAUGGCGUUUCGCAGCUUUUGCAUCUGAGCUCAUUAUAUAUGUACAUUUGUAUGUAUGUAUGCAUAUUAUACAUAUACAUUUGUAAAGCUAAACAGUGAAAGUGAAGCAUUUGAAUUCUGAAUUAAUUGUACAAGCUUUAUUGACAACUAUCAGAAGAUUUUGCAACACAGACAGAAGUCAUUACCAUCACCUUUAAGGGUUAAAAAAGCUUUUCUCUAUAAAAUAAAGUCUCAUUAUUGCUCCACAAAAAGCUAGCAAUUCACAGAUUGACAAACCAUCAUAAAAAUCUGGGAAAUUUGGCACCCGCUUGGCGCCAGUGGACAUGUUAAAGGUAGUAUUCACACCCCAGACUUGACAUAAACCUACGACAGAAGUCUUGUCCCAAUUAAAAAAUAUAUAUGAAGACUUUAAACAAAUUGUUGUGGCCCACAUUAAUAGUUUUAUUAUUUAUGUGAAAUCACCAGACUGCUUGUAAGACUGUAAACAUUUGGGUGUAAAGGACAAAAAGGACCAAAUGUGGAAUACCGUCAGUAAAUAAACAGUUUUUAUCUGG